ACCAACAGCAUGCACAGUCCCGAAACGGGAUAGUGAGUAUGCAGCGGGCGAGACUGGGUUGGGAUGUCUAUUGCCAUCCAUAUAAAACCAAAGCGGAGACUUGCUGUUUACAGUCAGCUCCCAAUUGUACGGUUGAUGACAAUAAGUAGCUAACAUUGUGACAGUAUAGUUAUUUGGAUAGUAAUCAAGACGUUGGACAUUUGUUAAUCGAUAGGCUUAACUAGCUAAUAAUAGUGGUCGGCUAUUUUCCAUUUAUAUUUUCUUACUCACUGGCACACUAAACGAAUAUUAAAAUGGUAAUCAUUACAAAGAAAUUGAAAAUAUUUGAGAUCGUUUUCCAUGAUCCUACUAAGGCUUUCUACUCCAGUGGUGACAAGGUAUCCGGGAAUAUUGUGGUUGAGGUGUCGGAGGUGACCAAGGUGUCCUCUAUGAGAGUGUUUGGAAUUGGAUGCGCAAAAGUAGAGUACGCGAAAGGAAAGCACAGAUGCGGUGAAGCCAUUGAAUAUCUGAAAUACGAAGAUACCGUUUAUCUGGACCAACAGACUAGAGAUUCCAACGGCUUGGUAACUCUCAGACCAGGGAACAGAUAUGAGUACAUGUUUGGCUUCGAGCUGCCACAUGCUGGGCAACUGGUGUCGUCUUACAAGGGGAAGUUUGGCUGUGUCCAGUAUUAUGUCAGGGCAGUGAUGGAGAGGCCUUCCCAGCCUGCCUUGCAGUGCGAGAAACACUUUGAGGUGGAGGAGCCCUUGGACGUCAACACCCCUGACCUCCUGGCUCCAGCUGCAGGUACGAAGGAGAAGAAGCUCACCUGCGUGUUCAUCCCAGAUGGACAUGUGUCCAUCAGUGCCAAGAUCAACCGCAAGGGCUUCUGCGAGGGCGAGGACAUCUGCAUCAAUGCCAAGUUUGAAAACACCUGCUCACGCAUCGUGGUGCCUAAGGCAGCCAUCAUGGUCAAGCACACCUACCAGGCCAAUGGCCGGACCAAGGUCCUGGGGCAGAAGCUCUCAGUCGUGAGGGGCAACCAUAUCAUCUCGGGCAUGUGUGACAUGUGGCAGGGCAAGACCAUCCAAGUGCCCAGGCUCAAGCCUUCACUCCUGGGGUGCGACAUCAUUCACGUGGACUAUGCCCUUAGGAUCUAUGUCCACAUUCCCGGCAGUGACAAGGUGGUCCUAGAGUUGCCCCUGGUCAUUGGGAACAUCCCCUUCAAUGGCUUUGGCAGCCGUACCAACAGCAUGAGCAGUCAGGCAGAGUCCCUGAACACCCCCUCCAGUAGCUUUGGGUCACUGCGCCUCCCGUCACAACCCCCCAGCUACAGCAACAUCUCCCGCGACUGCCGUAUCGACUCCCCCCUCACACCGCUGCUGGUCGACUAUGACGCAGAUGAGGAGGAAGGACUGUUCAUGCGCGCCCCCGAGCUUUGGUACCCUCCUCCCCCUGCCUACUCCGAGGUCGACGAGGAUCUCAAACAGCAAGGGCCAUGUUCUUCAGGUCUGCUGAACCACGAGUAAGAGUUGCAAUGAAUCCCCGUUGUAGUCUAAGCAUUGUCAGGGAACGGACUGGUUAAAGAGCAGCACUGCUGUAAAGCAGAAAGAGUGGCUCUAGCUCUGAAGAUUCUUUCAAGAAACAGAACUGAGAUGUGGACUUGAGAGUCAAGUUCAAGUGAAAUUAUUCAGGCUGAAUGAAUAUGGAUUGUAGAUGUUGGUGUCCACGGUCACUAUCGCCAUUGCAGUCUUCAGAAACGGAUUGUUCCUAUGUCUGUCUGUAACCCCCUUGCCAUUCCACGGUAGUUCUGUACUUCAGUGUGUUCGAGUGUUUUGACAGUUGCCAUAUUCUCUCAGAGGAAUGAAACAAUGUUAGAAUUCACAUCCAUACAUUGAGUGUGCACAGCUAUCAUUUUAGGUCAGACAGAUACGAUUACUGUGACCAUGCAAAAGUAAUGAAGGGAUAGAAAGUGUUUUAAUGUUACAUUCUAUUCCACUUUAUAUUAAUAUAAAUGGCUCUGUAAUUAGAUAAUGAAAAAUGACAUAUUUUUUUAUUCAUAAUAGUCUUCCAGAUUAUACUCGGUCAUUUUACAUGAAUUUUAACUCAGUGGUUUAUGGUAGAAGAGAGUGACUUCAUGGUAACGACAAAUCUUGUCGAAUGGGAAUGACUAAAUGAGAGAUCUACAUUAUGUAUUGAAUUUGGGUAUGUGAAAAUGCGAGAACUAUUUUAUAUGAGGAGAACCUAUGGGUUGGUUUUCUAUGCAAAGAAAAAAUAUAUAUUACAUUCUGAAGUGUU